CUUUACCCCCUGUACCCAGGUACUUUACCCUGUUCAUGAACCUGCUGAAUGACUGCAGUGAGGUGGAGGAUGAUGGCCAGCCGGUGGUUGGGAGGAAGAGGGGCAUGUCUCGACGCCUGGCCUCCCUCAGACACUGUACUGUCCUGGCCAUGUCCAACCUCCUCAACGCCAACGUGGACAGCGGACUCCUGCACUCUAUCGGUUUGGGCUACCAUAAGGACCUGCAGACUCGGGCCACCUUCAUGGAGGUUCUGACUAAGAUCCUCCAGCAGGGGACAGAGUUUGACACACUGGCAGAGACGGUGCUGGCAGACCGCUUUGAAAGGCUGGUGGAGCUGGUCACCAUGAUGGGAGACCAGGGAGAGCUGCCCAUCUCCAUGGCACUGGCCAAUGUGGUGCCAGGAUCCCAAUGGGACGAGCUGGCCCGUGUGUUGGUGACACUGUUUGACUCUCGCCACCUGCUGUAUCAGCUGCUGUGGAAUAUGUUCUCCAAGGAGGUAGAGCUGGCUGACUCCAUGCAGACUCUCUUCAGAGGCAACAGUCUGGCCAAUAAAAUCAUUACCUUCUGUUUCAAGGUUUACGGGGCGGCGUACCUACAGAAGCUCCUGGAGCCUCUACUUAAAGGGGUCGUCACCACCCCAGAGUGGCACAACAUCAGCUUUGAGGUGGACACAACCAGGUGGAAUGCAUGACUCUAAUACAGAAGUGGAGCUCUGGUCCUCUGGAGUGGCGUGAUCAUCAAAACAUUUCUGGACCAUGUUGACCAUUUGUUCAGCGGUUACCUGGUUACCAGAAGAAAUAGGGAAGGACAGCCCUGAAAUGGCUCUGCUGAUGGUCGCAGAGAGGGCAGAGUUAAGCUGUUCGACCACCACCUUGAUAAGACCAACAGUCAGCUCAGGUGGGCAAGAGGACAUGAUAUUAUGACCAGACAGUUGCUCCUGGACACUUUUGAUGAUUCUGUCCUCUGUCAUUCCCAGGUGGACUUUCACUGAGGUCUGGGAACUUUAAAACAAACAAGCAAAGCAUGAUAAUUCCUGUCUUAACUUGGCAAAUCGGUCAAGCGUUGUAAUUGUAGUAUUCUAAAUAUCUACAUGUCCUUUUGAUCGCUUUACAUGCUCAUUAAUUUGAAUAUGCUCAAAGGCUGAUACAUUACAUUUUGUACUACAUCAGAUAGAGUAAAUUGCAUUGGCUAACACUGGGAUAUAUGAUCUUGGUGAAAUCCAUACAUGAAAACCUUGAGGGGAACAUACCUCUUAGAAGAGGGUGUUAGGGACCUGAGAUGUUGAGCCCCUGUGCCGCCCUUAUUCAUUUUCUUCGCCAGAUAUCUAACUUCCUGGAUGAGCUCCAGUCUUUCCUGAUCAAAGGCAGCAAAGGAUCUUGCACUGCCACCCCUCUUGGGUGAGUCAGUGUCGUUGUCAGCAAAGUCCUUUACCCCAAGUACGCGGGCCAGGGCUGGCAGCAGGAUCUGCAGGGUGGUCUGUGCGAUGAAGGUUACAAUUGUCUUGCACAAUUUGGCAAGCUGUUCCUUUGUCAUCUGUUUUAAACAAACAGAACAAAAACAGUCUUUUCAAUGGAACUGUGAUGUAAAGUAUUCUAGAUCGAACAGAAUGCAUUUGAUCUCAACAUUGUUAUUCUUGUCUGUGACUGAAUUCAAAGUUUGAUGAAGUCUGACAGAGAAAUGAACAUGAAUAACAGAAUAUGACUUGAUGGCUAAUCUCUGAAUUCAACAGAUCAUUGACUCAAAGGCAGGUAGGGAAACUUACAGGUUUUUUUUAGUCCUUUGUAGAUCACUUGCCACUGCCUAGAAAAUUUAAAAUAAGUGUUUUAGUUAGUGUUUAGUUCCCACUGCACAAUAUUUCAUCAAUGUUGAACAUUACAGAAAAACUUUUAACAUACUCAUCAGUAAGAUUGCGCAGGAAUGAGAUGAGGAUUGGGUAGGAGUAUUCCAUCUCAUCCUUGUUGCCUGGGCCGAAUGCAGCCUUAACAGCUUUCUUCUCCAGGAGCUCAAUUACAGAUCCUCUAUCCAGGUGUUUAUUCCUGGAGACUAAAGAUGUGAUUGCCGUAGAGGAAGUAGAAACAAAAUUAAAGAGAAAUCAGACUUUAUCUCUUAAUACUCUGAUUUCAUUGUUUUAGGGUUUGUGUGGAUAAGUCGUUCAUGUUCAGCAUAGCUAGCAAAGCGAUUCACAUUUUUUGCAAAUUAACUAAAAAUGGCACCUGCAUCUCCAGCUGUAGCCAUCGAAAAACGAUCAGUGGUAAAAGUCGGUCGCUCACCCCACUCUUCCAAUGACAUGACAUCCUCCCAGCAGCUAGCUAGCUAACGCUAUGCUCUGUGUUUUAAGCUAAAUAAAUAGCUACAUACAUAAAUAGGUAUGCUUGCCCAGGGUGUCAAACUCAAAUCAGCGCACGGCCAUAUUGACAAAAUAACAAAUUUGCGGCCCAGACAUAUCCUUUUUGCUUAUACAAAAAACUACGCAAACUGGCCAUUGUUUUCUCAUAAAAGAAAUGUGUCCCUUUAUAAAUAUCCACGUAUGUACAGAGGAUACUGUAUAUAGCAUUUGAACAUACCAAAACAAAGAUAUAAAUCAUAUUUGUCCAACCUUCGCUGCUAUGCUUGUAGAUGUGCAUAAUAUGCUGUGGAGUGUCUGUACACUUCCCCUCGGCUGAGCGCUGUAACCGGGGCACACGAAAGCAGCGCAAUUGAAGUUAAAUUGACUGAUGAGAGACUCAGGCUAUAAUUUCAUAAAGUAGAUGACUCGAAAGUUUACUCAUUUAUACUCGCUUGUGUGUCCUAUUGAGUUUGACACGUGCGCUAGCCUAUUUGCCCCGUUAUGGCGGACUUCUGAUCAUUGCCCUUGCUAGUUUGAUUGUGUUGACAUUCUCAGCCUUCGUUACAGUCGUCCAUUUUUGUUCAAAAUAUUGAGUCAUUGAAACAUCUCGAAUGGGUGGAGGCAGCAAACAAUGUACCCGGCCAGAUGUGAUUUCCAACCUGACAGCAAUAUCUUUUGGACUACCAAGAAAUGUUUUUGUAAUUUAUAUUAAAUCCCGCAAAGAACUGCUUCCAUCUAUUCUGCCAACAAUGCGUAAAUCAUGGACUUUUGAGUUAAAUAUAACCUAUUUUUAACAGCUCUUAUGAAGUUAGUUUUGGAACAUAAAUUGGGAUUUUGAUAUUUUUGACUGAAAUGAUUGCACUUUAAGGCUCGACAGAAAAAAGGGGUUAAAAAUGACAUUGAAUUUCACCAGCCAGAAAACAACAGCGAAUACAUGGAGAUAUGACUCCCAGAGCAAAGCAGAAAAAUGUCUCACAGGUGAUCAGCCAGACACACAGUGUUUUACAGAGCAAUAAAUUAUAACCAUAGUCCACAAGACAGACACCAACAUGCAUGUACACAAGACAGACAAUCCUCACUUCACCUAGGCCUUUAGAUUCAAAUAUUUGGUGCAAGUGCAAUAAACCAAUUUCAAAUAGGCCCUAUACAGUAUAUGGCCCAAAUACAACAGACAUAAAACCACCGCAAUCACUAAGCAAGAUGACUGUGUCGUUGUAAAUAAGAAUUUGUUCUAAACCGGCUUGCCUAGUUAAAUUCAAAGAUUAACAAAUGUAAAGAAAGAAAUAAAAAUGCACACAAUACUUUACUACGUAACAUUCCACUGUAUAUGCACUGCAGCAACACAGAAAGAAGUGUUGUAGAAAACUGUCCCCCUGGUGAUGUGUUGAUGUCAACUGCAGCCAAAUUCAGCCUCUAGAAACAUUCCGAGAAACACUGUUGCACCCAUUCCAAUCCCAAAACCCAUCUGGAAGAGAGAAAGAGAGGAACGCACGUGUCAAACUCAUUUCACGGAGGGCCGAGUGUGUUGGUUUUCACUCCUCCCUUGUACUUGAUUGACUAAUUAAGAUCAGUAAUUAGUAAAGAACUACCCUCACCUGGUUGUCUAGGUCUUAACUGAAAGGAAAAACCAAAAAGCCGCAGACACCAGGCCCUCCAGAGAAUAAGUUUGACACCCCUGCUGUAACCGAAUGCACUGGUUUCUUGGAGUUAAUAGAAAAUGGAAGCAAGUAAGUUGGCGCUACUAUUUGUAGAAUGUCUUUAUUUUUUAAUGAAAGGCAACGUUAUUUUUGCUUUUGAAAAUAAAAGGGUCUGAGGAAAACGUU